AUGGGCUCGGUGGCCGAGAAUCAGGAUGAUUUAUCUCCCGUCCCAUAUCUCGCAUCUUCCGGACGUACUUCGACUUCUACCAGUGGCCGCAAGAGCUUCGGUGAUCUUUUCAAUAUUUCUCAGCGUUUGCGUCAGAAUUCUGAGCCCCCAUUCCCUCGACAUGGUUCCCCUGGUGUUGGCGGCCCCGGAUCAUUGACUCCAGUUUCAAAGCCAGAGUUACCACCAGUCCCUUCGCGGGAGGAAGAUGACACGCCUGCCAGCUAUCUCACAAAGCUAGAAGAAAAUCUGCCAAAGGGAUCUAUCGCCGGUAUUCUUGCUCAGUCGGACCAAGAAUUCUUCAAAGUUGCGCUCAGAAAAUACAUGCGAGGGUUCCACUACUUUGGUGACCCUAUUGACAUGUCUAUUCGGAAGCUGUUGAUGGAAGUGGAGCUACCAAAGGAAACGCAGCAAAUCGAUCGUUUCCUCCAAGCAUUCGCAGAUAGGUACCACGAGUGCAAUCCAGGUAUCUUUGCAACCACUGACCAAGCGUAUUUCAUCGCAUUCUCGAUCUUGAUUCUUCACACCGACGUUUUCAACAAGAACAACAAGCGGAAGAUGCAAAAGCCCGAUUAUGUGAAGAAUACCCGCGGCGAGGGCAUCUCUGAUGACAUUCUAGAAUGCUUCUAUGAGAAUAUCUCGUACACUCCAUUCAUCCACGUCGAGGAUGCAAAUCUGCGCGAACGCAAUCUGGCCAAGCCACGACGAGCUUUGUUCAAGAGUACAAGUUCCGAGCAUUUGUCACGGGUAUCCAGGGAGCCCGUGGACCCGUAUACACUCAUUCUCGAUAGCAAACUCGGCUCCCUCAGACCCACCUUGAAAGACGUCAUGGAACUAGAGGACACCUACAAUCACGUUGGAACCGACGGGCUCCCUGACAUCGAUGACUUGCACCAGGCUUUCACCAAGUCGGGCAUUCUGCAGAUCAUAUCUCUCCGCUCGCGCCCGGAUGCUUUCAUGCAAGGAGUUGUCGAUACUUCUGCCGACUCCAAUCCCGGUCUGGUAGACAUCAAAGUCGCCAAGGUCGGUGUUCUUUGGCGGAAAGACCCGAAGAAGAAGCGAGCCCGAUCUCCGUGGCAGGAAUGGGGCGCGGUCCUCACCUUUUCACAGCUUUACUUCUUCCGCAAUGUUGCCUGGGUACGCUCGCUCAUGGCGCAAAACGAUGCGUACGUGAAGGGUGGACGGAAGGGAACUAUGGUCUUCAAACCUCCCCUUGCGGAAUUCAAGCCCGAUGCGAUCAUGUCGACCAACGAUGCAGUGGCGCUCUUGGACACGGAUUACAAGAAGCAUAAGCAUGCGUUUUCGUUUGUGCGACGCAAUGCGAUCGAAGAGAUCUUCCUUGCGGCCUCCGAAACCGAGAUGAACGACUGGAUUUCAAAGCUCAACUAUGCCGCCGCGUUCCGAACUACUGGCGUUCGUACUAAGGGUAUGAUCGCUACGAACUACGAGGGUCAACGGUAUCGCAAGAGCCAGCGAAUGAACUCUAUCUCGUCAGUCCAGUCACACCAGUCAUCGGACAAGGAACCUCCCUCGCCCAGCAUCGACACCGAUAUUGUGGCAGAGUUUGUUGCUGCCCGUCGUCAAUUGAUGAGCCAGAAGAUUCGGGAAACCAAUGAGAAGCUCUUCGUCACGCAGAGACAACUUGACGAUCUUCUGCGGAAUGCACGACAUCUGCAAUUACUGACUCCUGUUCAUCCUCGUGCCCGUGAGGGUGUCAUCAUGGCUGCGGGUCGCAUGGCCGCCAAGCUUAAGUGGGUUAGACAAGACAUCUGGCGCAACAAGUGCUACCGGGAGGUUCUUCUUCGGGACCUCGGCGAGGAUGAGAGUGUUGUUCCGGAGCGAGCGGCAUCGGUUGGCGAUGAGCCGGCCAGUUCCAUUCCGGCUCGGAUGGCAUCGGUCUCCGGUCCAUCGGUGAAAUACGAGCCUAGUAUCCAGCAUAGUAUCCAACAAGCGCCGAGUAUCGUCCAUACAGUGUCCAGCCAUGAUACGGAAGAGACUACUGCGGCAACAGCGGCUGUGGACAGUCCCCUCGACCCUGCCCUCCUCAAGCAGCCCUCGGUCGAUGAGAUGCGCCGCCCUAGUCUCCCCGCAUCAACUACCUCAUCUGACUUUGCUCGUGUUGGCCGACCGCUCUCAGUUGCCCUCGCUUCCGACCAAGGCAAGGCCUCUGAUUCAGACGUGCAACUUGAGCGUGAGGCUUCCGUGGUUAGCCGCGUUAGCCGGUUUGAUGGUUCUAGUCUCAACUCUCGAGGCUCCAGACUCACUUCCCCUGCCAGUUGGGACGAGGGCGAGGAACGCCUGCUGCGAGAAACAGGGUUGUUGGAUUUGAGUGGUUCUCCCCCGCCACGGAAACAACCAACAACUGUACCGGAAGCCGACGGCGAGGAUAAACCAGAUGAAUUAUCCGAAGUAUCUCAAAGUGACAGGCCCAGCCGUGUCCGCCGCAGCCUGCAUCGCUCACUGCGUGAAUCUCCUCAUAUUCAUAUGAACCGACACCACUCGCACACCCACAGCAAAAGGAACCGCGGAUCGGUGUCCAGCAUUGGGCCGCUAUCAGAUGAUGACACUACCCAUGAAGGCGGCCUUUCGCGGAAGACACCUAGCUUCACCGUGCACGGCAAAAAGGCUUCCGUUGUUACCUUCGGAUCCGAGUGGCAGAACAUGUCUCCUGAGGAACGUCUCAAGCUAAGGAAGCCUACUCCGCACGAUGAACCCCGAGCCUCCGAGCCGAACAUACUCAGUAGCGGCGAGUCGGUGAGAUCGGGGGUCGUCCCAGACGGCCGGCCUCGAUCCUUCCGCAGCGUCAGCACCACAACUGGGAUCAGCAUGCGCAGUGACGACGAGCCAAUCGACUUCUUCAAAGAUGCACACGAGGAUCUGCCCCGACCUUCUGAGAAUGUAGCUCCAGACGAAACAGUCGCCAGUGAUCCCCCCCGAAUCGCCUUCCGGAACGAUCAUCCUCAACCACCACCACCUUACCCCACCCCACAGCGCACCGUCCCCAUCGUCAAAUCCCCUAGGUGCGCCCCCGUCAUCGGAGAGCCUUCGACAACAAGCCGU